AUGAUAAUAUCAUCAACAUACACAGCAAGGAUAGUGAUUUUCUCGCUCCGAAUAGAACUUGGCAUUGGAAUUGUGGCAUACAGUCCACUGGGUAGAGGGUUCCUAUCCACUGGACCUAAACUGGUGGACACAUUAACAGACAACGAUUUUCGCAAGUACCUACCACGAUUCCAACCUGAGAACAUGGAGAAGAAUGCCGCCAUAUUUGAGCAUGUGAGUGAGAUGGCUGCCAGGAAAGGAUGCACGCCCUCGCAGCUCGCGCUGGCCUGGGUUCACCACCAGGGACACGAUGUGUGCCCCAUUCCUGGCACCACAAAAAUUCAGAAUUUCAACCAGAACGUGGGUGCUUUGUCUGUGAAGCUCACGCCCGAGGAGAUGGCUGAGCUCGAGUCAUUUGCCGCCAUGGAUGUUGUGCACGGUGAUCGCUACCUCAACAUUCACCCCAACACCUGGAAGGACUCUGAGACCCCUCCCCUGUCAUCAUGGAAAGCCACUUAG